UGCGGUGUGAAUGUAUUUAUUAUUAUUGUAAUAUUAUUAAUUAUAUCGUAAUUAACAAGUCAUGUCAAAAGCAAAACUUAAUGCCGAAUGGCGAAAACGCGUAAAAUCAGAAUACAUGAGAUUAAGGCAAGUUAAGCGAUACAAACGAGCGGAUGAAGUAAAAGUUGCCUGGAAUAAAAAUCGCAAGCUUAUGACAGAAUUAUUAGAAACUGAACACAAGCGAUGGACAGAUUGCAAGGUAAUGUGGUUGGCGAUGCAAGAUAUUCCACCACAUGUUUCGUGUAUGAAAAAGGCUGAAAUAACGAAUUCCGAUGGCGAUGUUCAGUCAUGCCCUGUAAAAAUUAUUAAUGCUGUUUCGCCUAUUCCAACGAUGUAUACCUGGGCGCCCAUUCAACAAAAUUUUAUGGUGGAAGACGAAACUGUCCUACACAAUAUUCCAUAUAUGGGAGAUGAAAUUCUUGACCAGGAUGGUACAUUUAUCGAAGAAUUAAUAAAGAACUACGAUGGGAAAGUGCAUGGUGAUCGUGAGUCAGGAUUUAUGGAUGAUUCAAUUUUUGUUGACUUAGUUAAUGCUUUAGUCGCUUACGAUAAAGAUGAUAAAGAAAAGGAAAUUCCAAAAAAAGGAAAAGAUAAAGAUAAAGAGAAGGAUAAGGAUAAGGAUAAAGACAAAGAUAAGGAAAAAGAUAAGGAUAAGGACAAGGACAAGGACAAGGACAAGGACAAGGACAAGGACAAGGACAAGGAUAAGGAUAAGGAUAAGGAGAGAGAUAAAGAUAAAGAAAAAAGUGAAGAAAAAGACAAAAAAGUUGAUGGAAUAAAGACUGAGAUCAUUGACGAGGAUCAAGAAGAAGAUGCAACACCUUUUCCAUCGAUGCAGAUUUUUAGUGCUAUAUCGAGUAUGUUUCCUGAUAAAGGUAGGCCGGAAGAAUUGAAGGAAAAAUACAUUGAACUUACAGAAAGAUCAGAUCCCAAUGCUUUACCACCCGAGUGCACACCCAAUAUCGAUGGUAUAAAUGCUAAAAGCGUACCAAGAGAACAAACUAUGCAUUCUUUUCAUACAUUGUUUUGCCGAAGAUGUUUCAAAUAUGAUUGUUUUCUGCAUCGUCUCCAAGUUUGUCAUCCUGGACCUAACCUCCAGAAGCGUAAAGGACCAGAUCUUAAGUCAUUUGCCGAACCAUGUGGUACAGAGUGUUACAUGCAUUUGGAAGGUAUAAAAGAAAAAUUAGCAGCACAGGCAGCGGAUAUAAAAGAAGAAGAAGGAAAUGAAGAAAAGCGAGGGGGACCAAGAAAAGUACGUAAACAAGCAAGCGUUGACUCUGGCAAUGAAGCAAGUAGCGAAGACAGCAACGAUAGUAAUAAGUAUAGUCAAGGGGGUAGUUGUCAAGACUUUAAACAGAACGUAAAUAAAAACUCGAAACCAGAUGAAGAUACGCUUCAAGAUCAGAUUCAGCCGGAUCACCAAACGCCUUUUUCAUUGCUCAGUUCAAUAGAGAAGCGUAUAAAGACAGAAAGUGAGCUUUCGUGGACGGGUUCGGAGCAGAGUCUAUUUCGUGCCCUACACAAAGCCUUUCCCGGUAAUCCAUGCGCUCUCGCUCAGAUAAUACUCACCAAGACUUGUAAAGAGGUGUAUGAAUUCGCGCAGAAGGAAGCCAGUGACAUACCAGCAGUCGAAAGCCUUAAAGAUUUCACGCCCCCGAGAAAAAAGAAAAAGAAGCAUAGGUUAUGGUCCAUGCAUUGUCGUAAAAUCCAGCUCAAGAAGGAUUCCGGCGCGAAUCACGUGCACAACUUUGCGCCUUGUGACCAUCCGAGUAGGCCUUGCGACAAUUCAUGCCCGUGUAUUCAGGCGCAGAAUUUUUGUGAAAAGUUUUGCCAAUGUAGCAGUGAAUGCCAGAAUCGCUUUCCCGGUUGCCGGUGCAAGGCCCAAUGCAACACGAAGCAGUGCCCGUGUUAUCUUGCUGUGCGCGAAUGCGAUCCCGAUCUCUGUCAGACUUGCGGUGCCGAUCAAUUUCACAUACAGAAGAUCUCUUGCAAAAACGUCAGCGUUCAACGUGGCCUCCAUAAGCAUUUACUUAUGGCACCGUCGGAUGUUGCUGGUUGGGGCAUUUUCUUGAAAGAAUCUGCUGGAAAAAACGAAUUUAUAUCAGAAUACUGUGGUGAAAUAAUCAGUCAAGAUGAAGCUGACAGGCGAGGAAAAGUGUACGAUAAAUACAUGUGUAGCUUUCUAUUUAAUCUUAAUAACGACUUUGUAGUUGAUGCUACGAGAAAAGGGAAUAAAAUUAGAUUUGCUAAUCAUUCUAUAAAUCCAAAUUGUUAUGCCAAAGUUAUGAUGGUAAAUGGAGACCAUAGAAUCGGCAUUUUCGCUAAACGAGCAAUACAGCCAGGAGAGGAACUAUUUUUUGAUUAUCGAUAUGGACCGACGGAGCAAUUGAAAUUUGUUGGUAUUGAACGAGAAAUGGAAUUUUUGUAAAAUAUUUUAUUUUUAAAUUAAAUUUUUAUAUUAAAAUUUAACGAUCCAAAAAUAUUUUUACUCUAGUUAUAUUUAAUUCAUACUAAUACGUUACAUAAAUGAUUAUGUUGAAACAAACAAUUUGCAAUAUUGUAAUCUAUAAAUAAAAAUCUUAAACCAA